AUGGCUGAAGCUGUGAGCGUUGCUGCAAAGGGAAUAGUUUCCUGCCUGAGUUCAGAUGUGUUGCACGAUGCAGAAGACAGACAAGGGAGAGAUAGAGCUAUUAGAAGAUGGCUGCUGAAGCUUCAGGAAGUGGCUUAUGAGGCAGAUGAUGUUCUUGAUGAUCUUGUUUAUGAAGAUCUACGAAGAGAGAUCGUGAUAAAUAAGCCCAUGUGCAGCUUAGUGUGGAAACAGGUGUGCAACUUCUUCUCUCUCUCCAACCCUGUAUUGUUUCACUUCAUUAUGGCCAAUAAAGUUGAAGAGAUCAAUGCAUCUUUGGAUAAAAUAAAAAAUGAAGGAUUUGUUUUGGGACUUCGUAAUAGAGUUGGAUCAGUCGGUAGAAUUACCGAAAUGAUCAGCCAAGACUGCAACUCUGACUCCAUCCUCGAUUCUGAACCUGUUGGAAGGAGAGAUGAUGUCUCAAAGAUUAUCAACAUGCUGAGUAGUCUGAGCAACCAACAUGAGAUCUCUUUCAUUUCCAUAGUUGGUAUGCCAGGCAUUGGAAAGACAACCUUGGCUAAAUCGGUGUGUAAAGAAGUAAAAGAGAAGAAGAUUUUUGAUGUAGCAAUUUGGGUGUGUGUUUCUGACGAUUUUAGUCACCAAAAGAUUUUAGGAGGAAUGUUAGAAUCUCUGGACAGAAGUGCUGGUGGCAUGACUAAUAUUGAUGCCAUACUUCAAAACCUUCGAAAAGAGUUGAAAGAUAGAAGUUUUCUUCUGAUUCUUGAUGAUGUGUGGAAUGAAGAUUGCCAGAAGUGGCGUGAACUGAAGAACCGUUUGUCAAAAAUUAAUGAUAAUGCAGGUGAAUUAUCCAUACAAAAAAAGGACAAAGCAAAUGCUAUUGUUGUGACCACUCGUAGCCAGAACGUUGCAUCUAUUGUGGAGACAUCUGCUUAUCAUAGGCAUCACUUGGAAAAAUUAUCAAAUGAAGAAUGCUGGUCAAUUAUCAAGGAAAGAGCCUGCAAGAAAGGAAGGGCUUUAAUAAGUUCAGAUCUAGAAGAUAUUGGAAGGGUGAUUGCAGAAAAAUGUGGAGGUGUGCCAUUGCUUGCAAGUGUUUUAGGAGGGACUCUGGGUUUUACUAGGGAACAAGAAAAGUGGUUGGCGAUGAAAAAUAGUGAUGUUUGGAAUCUAGGAAACACCGAUGAGGUUUUACCUAAGCUGAAGUUGAGUUUUGACAACUUGCCAUUUUGUUUGAAGCAAUGUUUUGCAUAUUGUUCAAUCUUUCCGAAAGACCACGUUUUUGAAAAGGAUCAACUGAUUCAGCUUUGGAUGGCUCAAGGUUUUCUUCAUUCAUUUGAGGAAAUUACAUGGUCUGAAGAAGGCGGUGGUCCAGAGUUGGAAGAUAUUGGUGAUAAGAUUUUUAAUGGCUUGCUAUCAAACUCUUUAUUCCAAGAUGUGGAAAGGGACACAUGUGGAAACAUCAAAACUUGCAAGAUGCAUGAUGUAGUGUAUGAUCUUGCUCAAUUUGUUUCAAAAUCUGAAAUAUGUGCUUCCAAGUUGACCACUGAUAUUUCUGAUCAUAUUCGACAUAUAAAUGUUGCUUAUGAUGAGGAAUUGGUGCCUAAGAUCACAGAGGAUGUUGCUAAAAAAUUGCGGUCUUUGUCUUCAAAAGUUAAUGUCUUCAAUGAUGUGUCAAGAGAUCUUGAAAGUUUACGAGUUUUAAACUUUGGUGAUGCUAUGAUCAAUGACUUACCAGCUUUUCUUGGUAGAUUCAAGCGUUUGAGGUACUUGGAUGUUUCGGGAAGUAGCAUAACAACACUACCUCAAUCCAUGGACAGACUUUACAAUUUGCAAACAUUAAGAUUCAUGCAUUGCAGAUAUCUGAAAAUGCUUCCGAAGGGAAUAUUGGGAAACUUAGUAAGCUUGAGACAUAUUUAUUUCAAUGAUAAAAAGCUUAUGCCAGUUGAGAUUGGGAGCCUACCUAGUCUAAGGACGUUGCCAUUAUUUGUUGUGGGUGUGGAAAUUGGAUUUCAAGUCAAGGAGCUGGGAAAUUUAAAUCAACUUCGAGGAGAAUUGAGGAUAUGCAAUCUUGAGUAUGUUAAAGACAGAGAAGAUGCCAGGGGUGCAAAAUUGGAAGAAAAGACAAACAUAUACAAAUUGAUAUAUGAAUGGAGCUCUGAAAGAGAGGGUUUUGACAAUGAUGAGGAAGAGGUGAAUAUUUCAGAUGUCCAAUGGAGCUAUAAAAGCUUCAAUUAUGAUGAAGAAAUGUUGGACGACUUGCAGUCUUACUCAAGUGAUCAUAGCUUCAGCCAGGACGAAAUGCUAGAUGAUGACUUGGACGAAACUGAAGGCUUGAACCAUGAUGAGGAUUUGCUGGUCAGCUUGGAGCCUCACUUAAAUCCCAAACGAAGCUAUGUAAGUGGGUUCUUCAGCCGGGACAAAGUGCUGGAUGAUGACUUGGAUGAAAGUGAAGGCUUUAACCAUGAUGAGGAUUUGUUGGUCAGCUUGAGGCCUCACUCAAAUCCCAAACGGAGCUAUGUAAGUAAGUUCAAUCAUGAUGAAGUGUUGAAGGGUUUGAAGCCUCCCCCAAAUUUGAAAAGUUUGAGUAUCAGGAAUUCCAGGGGUAAGAACUUUCCAUCAUGGGUUUGGAGGAGCAUCAAUAGUGGUUGUAGUGAUUCAUCUUUGCUGAAUAAUUUGGUGGAAUUGAAUUUAUUCAAUUGCAUGAAUUGCAAAAGUCUUCCAACUCUUGGGAAAUUACCCAAUCUCAAAAUUCUUGAAAUAAAACGGAUGAAGAAUGUGAGGUGCAUAGGUAGUGAAUUUUAUUGUGAUCAUAGUGAUGCUGGUGUGUAUGAAGUAUUAUUUCCGGCAUUGAAAGAACUCACCAUAGAGGAUAUGGAAGCUUUGGAGAAAUGGAUGGAUCCAACCUUUUUUUCUUUUGGCGAAAGGAUGGACCCAACCUUUGAAAUUGUUACCUUACAUGGUAUGGGAACUUCAGACCAAAAGGUUAAACCGACAGACAGAUUAGUAGAUGUUGUUUUUCCUUGCCUUGAAGAGUUGACUAUUGGUUGCUGUCCUGAGUUGAGGAUUGUUCCAAUGAUGGGUGGAUUGCCAUCUCUUCAAACGCUAAAAAUUUACUCUUGCAAGGAGUUAAGAUGUAUAGCUGAUGGACUAUCUGCAUCAACUCGUCUCAGAAAAAUAAAUAUACAAGUUUGCCAUAAUUUGGGAUCCAUACCUGACAUCGGCAGGCUCCCCUUUCUAAAGGAAAUAAAGUUAGAGAAGUGCAGAGGAUUAUCAUCUCUGCCAAUGGGGAUCUCAUACUGUACUUCUCUUGAGAAUUUGUCAAUACAUGAUUGCCCUUGUCUGACAUGUAUUCCAAACAUAAUUGCACUCUCCUCUCUAAGAAUAUUAAUUCUAAACAAAUGUGAGGGCCUAAGGCAGCUACCAAGAGGGUUGGAAUUCUGUUCUUCUCUUGAACAAUUGGACAUAGUUGCUAACUUCAAUCUGGAAGUUUUUCCAGGAGAUUUAAGGCAAUUGUGUUCUCUUCGUUUUCUAAAUAUCACCAUUUGUCCAAAUUUGAAGACAUUUCCGAAGGAGUGCCUAGGCUGCUUCAGCAGCUCGAAAGUACUGACUAUGGGUGGUUUCAGCGAAAAGUUGCAUCGAUUCCCAGGUCUCAGUUCCAUCCAUCAUCUUCAUGCCUCCCUUGAUUGUUUGCUAUUGUUAGGAUGGAAAAGAUUGAAGCAUCUACCGGAUCAACUUCAGCACCUCACAGCUCUUAAGCGAUUGGAGAUAUGGUCGUUUGAUGGGGUAGUAGCCUUGCCUGACUGGUUGGGAAAUAUGUCAUCUCUUCAAUCCUUAAAAAUCCACCAAUGCGAGAAGCUGAUGCUUCUGCCUUCCACACAAGCCAUGCAGCAGCUGACACAACUGAAGAGGCUUUUUAUUCACAAUUGUCCCAAAUUAAGUAGGAGAUGUGCCAAGGAGACUGGCGCUGAGUGGUCCAAGAUUUCUGACAUUUCAGAAGUCAUAAUUAAAAAUGAUAAUUGA